CGUUAUCUAUCUUUGCGCAUCCUGAGGUCUAUUUAUACCCUCAAACCAAGAUGGUAAUUGCAGUCAUGGUGUAACCUAGAAUAGAGAAAAUGUCUCCACUGGCUUAUCCUGUCGUUCUCUCCAUUGUUGUCACCACGUUCUUGACGUGCGCAUGGCAGAUACUGUGGUUUCUGUGGCUGAAGCCGAGGAAGGUCGAGAGAUUUCUGAGACAGCAAGGUCUGAACGGAACUCCUUACAGCCUUUUGUUUCGAGACUUGAGGGAGAUGGUGAGGAUGAUCAAACAGGCUCGGCCCAUCACUCCUUUUUCCAAUGACAUCGCGCCCUUUGCCUACCCUUUCGUUCAUCACAACAUGGAAAAAUACGGGAAGCUUUUCUUCACAUGGAUAGGGCCAAGGCCUGUGUUGAACAUCAUGGACUCGGACAUGCUCAAGGAAAUAUUUUCAAGGAUCUAUGAGUUUGAAAAGCCCCGUCUCAAGGCCUUCGGAGAUGUCUUUCUAUAUGGGCUACUGAAUAUUGAGGGUGAGAAAUGGGCCAAGCAUAGAAAGAUCAUGGACCCUGCUUUUCAUCUUGAAAAGCUGAAGCUUGUAGUGACAACAACAUGUUCAAGCUGUGAGGAGAUGAUGAGGACAUGGGAAGAGCAAAGUGUAGGUGGCGAAGUGGAUGUGUGGCCUCACCUGGAGCGUUUGAGCAGCGAUGUGAUCUCUAGAGCUGUUCUUGGAAGUAGCUAUGAGCAAGCCAAGCACAUUUUCGUGCUUCAGAAAGAACUGAUGCGCCUCGUUAUUAAGGCUCGUCAGUUCGCAUGGAUCCCCGGAUCGAGCUUCCUGCCAACCACAAUGCGGAAGAGGAUGAGUAAAAUUGAUCGCGAACUAAAAAGUUUCUUGAAAGACAUGGUGAUCGCAAGAGAGAAGGCACUGAAGGAAGGAGGAGCAGAGGAGGAGGAUAUCUUGGGUUCUAUACUAAAAUCAAAUAGGAAAGAAAUUGAAAAAUCUGGGCAUCAAAAUGGCAUGAGUGUAGAAGAUGUGGUUGAAGAGUGCAAAAUUUUCUACCUAUCUGGUCAGGAUACCACUACUCUUUUCCUGACUUGGACUAUGAUUCUGUUGAGCAAGUAUAAAAACUGGCAAGAAAGAGCAAGAGAGGAAGUUUUACAGGUUUUUGGCGACAAGAAACCUGAUUUUGAGGGGUUGAGCCGGCUGAAAAUGGUCAGCAUGAUACUAAACGAGGUGAUCAGGUUAUAUGCACCUGUACCUAUGACCCUCAGAACAUUUUACAAGACAACCAAGUUGGGACAUAUACAAAUACCUGCCGGAGUUCAGCUUUUCCUGCCGCUGCUUCUGAUCCACCGUGAUCAAGACAGAUGGGGCGAUGAUGCCAAUGAGUUCAAUCCUGAGAGAUUCUCUGCAGGGGCAUCAACCGCAACCAAGAACGAGUUAGCAUUUUUACCUUUCGGUUAUGGUCCUAGAACUUGCAUUGCAAGAAACUAUGUACUCCUGGAAGCCAAAGCUGUCCUGGCCAUGGUUCUGCAAAACUUCUCAAUGGAGCUAUCUCCAUCUUACAAACAUGCCCCGACUCCUGUGAUCUCUCUUAAACCUCAAUAUGGAGCCCCCUUGGUCUUGACUCGAAUCAAACCGAAUUUGCCAUUCCGUACUUGAUCUGAUCCUAUGCUCAUGUUCGCCUCCUUGUAUCCAUAAGAUUUAUGGCUGGCAAUUUGUAUUCACAAGUUAAAUUAAGUAGUAUGUAUUUAUGUCAAGUUAUGCUAUUGUGAAGUAUUAUAUUGUUACUAAGCAUGUUGAAAAGCUUUUGUCU